AUGAGCUCAAAACGCAAGGCCCAAAUUCUCAAAAACACGCCAACCGCCAAGACCCCUAGUCGCCGUAUCAGCCAGUUUGAGCAAAUGGACCUCGCUACGAGAGCUCCAGUAAAGGCGAAAAAAGCACCCACCGCACCAGGCCCAGAAUUUAACACUGACGAAAGUUCGCCUCCUCCCAGCUCUCCAUCUCCAACAGGUAUUCCAGUUGCCCAGGACUCUGGACGCAUCACUCGCUCUUCAGCUUCGCGAAAAUCCGAGUCUUCAUCUUCAACGUCAUCUUCGACAAAAUCGCCAGCUGCUCGGAACCAAGAUAAUGUCAUCAGCUCAGUUACCAAUGACGAUACAAGCAUGCAUACCGACACCAGUUCAACUCCAACUCCAACCAAGAAGAGUUACGCGCUCUCGAAUUCUGCGGUCAACCGCCCUAGCGCAAGGGACCUGGCCAUCGCCAAGGUUAGGAAGAUGUUGGCCCCGCUGAAGAAAGGUCCUACGGUGUUCGAAGGAGCAACCCCGGGCGAUGAUGAUGCAGAUGACCCUGCUUCAGAUGAAGCAUCGGAAAUCCUCAAGGAUCUGCUGGGUGCUGUGGGCGUUGACCUGGCAAACCUUGUGGCCCCUGCGGGCAAUGCGGGAGCGACUGUUGCGGGCGCAGGCGGUUUGUCUGAUGAUGAUUCUGAUGCUGAGCCAGCUGUAACUUAUCAUUACUUCGGUUUAGCACAAACUGACAGUGAACCGGAAGAAUCAGACGACGAACCUGUAGUCAAGAUGACCCGAAAGGAGAAGACAUUGAAGUUCAGAGAAAAGCUUCAAGCAGGAGCUUCGGGAGACACUACGAUUGAAAGAAAGAGAAAAGGAUCAUUUGAGCCUCCGACUGUUGACAAGCGCCUCAAGGUUAAUAAGAUCCACGAGAAUGCUGUGGAGAAGCAAGGAGGUCUCCCGUCAAACUGGCGCAACAAAGCAAACAACAAGAAAUCAACUCACCCCCAGUCUUCCGGUGACCAGACAGCUAAGCCUGCUGCAAUCAUGUCGGUUGCUGGUGGGCUUAUUGACGACCUCGACGACGAAGCGUCUGUGGGUGUGGAAGGUGCAUCGAAGGCUAAACCGACCUUGGUGAAGCUCGAGAUGGACAAACCCGCAAAGACGGUUGACGGACCAAACAAAACCAAAGCCAAAUCAGCCUCGAGGAAGCCAACAAACGAGGAUCUCCGUCUCACCUCUGCCCAGCUCCAGGUCUGGCGCUCAACUCUCUGUCCUACCUGGUACACGUACCUAGCCUCGCUAGAUACCAUCUGGGGUAUUGGAACCGAUGAAGACACCCUAGCCAACAUCGAAUACCUGUACAACAAGGUCAUCGCGCCGCUUACUGGGAAGCAGAUCGACAACCUCACCACUUCGAGUGUCGUAUACCGUUUGCUGGCACAGCGUGGCUACGAGCAUCGCGGGGCCGUGGCGGACUGGGCCGUGGCCAACGCCAUUGACUAUUUCUUCGAGACCGGCGAGGUAGACAAUCCAGCCAAAUACAGCAACGUGGAAGACCGUAUUCUGUACAUCCAAGAAGCCAUUAACGGAGCGACUUUCUCCUUUAUUUAUGAAAAACCCGAGACCAAAAGCAAGAUUUUCCGCACCCCCCACGUUCUCGCGACCUUCGGCUUCGUCCAUCGUGCGCUUGAGCUCUGGGGCGACAACAACGGCGUCAAGCCCGCUGUCCGUGGCCACGCAAAAUUCAGUCACGCAGCUCAUGGCAAACGCGCCGCCCAAUACCUUACCCUCAUCGCGAAGCUCAACGAUCGACAAUGGCGAGAUAUCAUCAAACGGGCUCGCGAGACCUAUGCCCUGGCUACAAAACAACCCGUUCCCGCCAACCUCAAGGCCACCAACGAAGACGAGAAGCCGUCGAAGGAGGACGAGAAGUUUAUGGCAUUGGAGGUGCGGGAGUCUUCGGACAUUGAGGAGGACGACGGUUAG